UGUUUUCCGAUUCGUUUCCUCGCGCGGUGUCAAAAUCGCACACGAAGCCGUGCGUUGGAGUGGGAAGAUAAAUUUAGCAGUUUUCCCUUCGCGAGUGGUGUGAAUUUACUUUUCAAUCAUCUGUGAGUUGGUGCGAGAUGAGCGGAAUGAUACGACUUCCAACGGUGCUAGCCAAGAACGCGCUUUCCGCGGUUCGAGGCCUGACUGCUGGUACGUCGCAGAGGAACUUGCAUUUCACCGUUGGACAGAAUAAUGCCAAAUCGAACCCAGAUGCCAUUUCGCGAGAAUAUCCCGUCGUUGACCAUACUUACGAUGCGGUGGUGGUUGGUGCUGGCGGAGCGGGUCUCCGUGCUGCGUUUGGCCUGGUAGCGGAAGGCUUUAAGACGGCCGUCAUCACAAAGCUGUUCCCCACGCGCUCGCAUACCGUGGCCGCACAGGGAGGCAUCAAUGCCGCACUGGGUAACAUGGAGGAGGACGACUGGAAGUGGCACAUGUACGAUACGGUGAAGGGUUCCGAUUGGUUGGGCGACCAGGAUGCCAUCCACUACAUGACCCGCGAGGCUCCGAAGGCUGUCAUCGAGCUGGAGAACUACGGAAUGCCGUUCUCGCGUACGCCCGAUGGCAAAAUCUACCAGCGUGCGUUUGGUGGCCAGAGUUUGAAGUACGGCAAGGGUGGCCAGGCGCAUCGUUGCUGUUGCGUGGCGGAUCGUACCGGCCACUCGCUGCUGCACACGCUGUACGGCCAGUCGUUGAGCUACGACUGUAACUAUUUCAUCGAAUAUUUUGCCAUGGAUUUGUUGAUGCAGAAUGGCGAGUGUGUUGGUGUGAUUGCGAUGAACCUGGAGGAUGGUAGCAUCCAUCGCUUCCGCGCAAAGAACACGGUGCUGGCCACCGGUGGAUACGGUCGUGCGUACUUCUCCUGCACCUCGGCACACACCUGUACCGGAGACGGUACGGCAAUGGUGGCACGCGCCGGUUUGCCAUCGGAAGAUUUGGAGUUUGUGCAGUUCCACCCGACCGGCAUCUACGGAGCCGGUUGCCUGAUUACGGAGGGAUGCCGCGGAGAGGGUGGUUAUCUAAUCAACUCACAGGGCGAGCGAUUCAUGGAGCGUUAUGCACCGGUCGCGAAGGAUUUGGCAUCGCGUGACGUCGUGUCGCGCUCGAUGACGAUUGAAAUUCGUGAAGGGCGCGGAUGUGGCCCGGAGAAGGAUCACGUUUACCUGCAGCUGCACCAUCUGCCCCCAGAGCAGCUGGCCCAGCGUCUGCCAGGCAUUUCGGAGACGGCGAUGAUUUUCGCCGGUGUAGAUGUGACGCGCGAACCCAUUCCCGUACUGCCGACCGUGCACUACAACAUGGGUGGCGUGCCGACGAACUACAAGGGCCAGGUGCUGACCUCGGAGAACGGUACGGAUCGUGUAGUGCCCGGAUUGUACGCUUGCGGCGAGGCCGCCUGCUCGUCGGUGCACGGUGCCAAUCGGCUCGGUGCUAACUCGCUGCUGGAUCUGGUUGUGUUCGGUCGUGCAUGCGCCAAAACGAUUGCCCAAGAGAAUCGCCCGGGCGAGAAGGUGCAGGACCUGAAGCCAAACGCAGGCGAAGCAUCGGUUGCCAACCUGGACUGGGUGCGUAAUGCGGAUGGGCAGGUGCCGACGUCCACACUGCGUUUGAACAUGCAGAAAACGAUGCAAACGCACGCGGCCGUUUUCCGCGAGGAGAAAACGCUGCAGGAAGGUGUGCGCAAGAUGAGUGACAUCUACAAGACCAUCAACGACGUGAAAGUGUCGGAUCGUUCGCUGGUGUGGAACUCGGAUCUGGUGGAAACGUUGGAGCUGCAGAAUUUGCUGCUGAACGCCAACAUGACGAUCGUGGCGGCGGAAAAUCGCAAAGAAUCGCGCGGAGCCCAUGCCCGCGAAGAUUACAAAACACGUUCGGACGAAUAUGACUUUAGCAAACCGCUCGAAGGACAGCAGAAGAAACCGAUGGAAGAGCACUGGCGCAAGCACACGUUGACGUGGAUCGAUCCGGCCACCGGUAACGUCACCAUCGGUUACCGUCCAGUGAUUGACGAGACGCUCAGCGAGGAGUGCGCUACCGUGCCGCCGGCGAUUCGGUCGUACUAAACAAAGUAAACAACAACCGCCCGCACGAUGUUUGCCGCUGCCGUGUGAUCUAUUUUUGGGGACUGCGACGCUACGACGAAGAAACUGAAGAUCAGAGCCGCACGUCAUCGGAGUGGCUAACCGCUGCCGCCGCCAGCCUGGCUCUAGAAAGUAUUAUUAACAGCGUACAGAUCAGAUCCCAAAACACACCAUCACUGUUUAUUUAUUGCAUCUAUAGACUGUGGACAUUUUGCGUAAGGUCGUAAAGACUAAAGACCACGCGACAAAUAAAUAAAGAACGAACGAACGGGGUUAUGUUUUCCGCAGAUAAGUUUCGAUCCUCAACCCAACUGCCUGCGCCUGUAUGUGGAAAAGGGAUGGAAAAGCUUCGCACAAUACUUUCUGCGUGAGUGUGUGUGUGUUUAUGUGUGCGCUCGUGUGCUGUGCAUCUGCCAUUUGUUCCUAAAGUCCCCUCAAUCGUGCACAUAACAACAUGUUACGAUAACCAGUGAGCGGUUUACGCCGCAAUAUUGCGACGAUACGAUAAGAUUGGAUAAGAGGCUGCUGUGUUGUUUGUGAACCACAAAAACAAGCCGGACCGAAAGAUGGUAGUGAGAACGUAACGUAUCUUGAGUAUCUUGAGUUUCAAAUAUUUAUUUAAAUUCGACCCUUCGUUUUUUAACUGUAGGAAACCAAAAACUAAACAAUCCUUAAUUGGUGUACUUCAUUAGCGUUAGUGAAUGCGAGACGAAGCAUGCAAAAAACUACCUUUAAAAAAAUAGCCCUUGCAAUUUGGGAUGUCGAAAGUGAACCAAAAGAUUGAGAUAAUAAAGCAGCUGAAGCAGCCUUUGCAAAACCACUGCAGACCACCAUUCAGAUUGGAUGUGUUCUACUGAUGUGUUAGCUGAAAUUCAGAUUUUUGAACGAACGUACAAGUUCUGUUGUCCGCAGUAAAGAUUAUUGGUCCGGAUUUUUUUUGAAUCAUUUGCACAGAUUACCCUGCCGUCGCCGGAAACGAUCUUUCAGUGUAGGAUUAAAUCAUUUCAUAUCGAGUGCUAUUUGAAGUGAUGCCGUGCCCAACACGGCACACUUUACAAACCAAUUAUUCACAAAAUAAAUAAAACAAGUACAACACACACAUCCCUGAAAGCGGUUUUUUUUUGUUUCGAUUGGCAAAGUGAAUAUGGAGAGAGGGAAAAUGUUAAAUGAUAUACCUCAUAUUGUAUCUAUCUAAAUACGAUACCUAAUACCCAAUUCGGUGUUGAUGGGGAAUCGAGAAUUUCCACGAAACUUUGUAGAAGCAGCACUGGCAAUAAAAGGUAAUAAAAUAUUAAUACAAAAAUUGCUGCAGUA